UUAAAAGACGGAUGAGUGUUUUCUGAUUGUCGCGUUCAUCGACAUUUUCUAAAAGGAAAAUUGCAGGAUUAAUUAUUUUUUUCCUUCCUUUUCUUAUAAUUUCCUAUUUGAAAAGCAAACGAUGGCUUUCUGAAUUCAAAUGUGUGAAAUGUGAAAUUAUUGCUAAGUAGUGUUGAAUUGUGAAAAAAACAAAUUUAGAAACAUUCAAAAAAAUGUAAUGAAAAAUCUGGUUGAAGUUUUUUUUUCUGAUAUCACAAAAAGAGUGAAAAGAAGAGGAGACAAAAGCAAAUAGUUUCAACAAAUUAAAAUUCGAAUUAGAAAUGUGGAUGUUAUAUUCCACAAAAACUGAUUGGAAAAAAAUUACCGCAAAUUAAAAAAAAGAAUUAAAUAGAAAAAGUGUUGAUUUGAAUAAAAUAGAACGCUGAAUUGUGAAUCUUAUCAUAUCUUGCACAGCACAUAAUGUUACCAAAAAAAAAUUUUGCAAUAUAAUCGUGCUUUAUAUUAUUAAUAACUACAUAACAAGAAAUGAAUAAAAGAUAUUAGUGAAAUAAGAUUGUUGGACUGUGAAUAAAAAUGCUGGUUUUUAUAAUAUAAUGACUAUGUUUGAAAAAACUACGGAACCUGCCGAUAAAACAAAUUGAAAUAUGCAACCAUGAAGGACAAAUUCUUCGGACUAGUUAAGCAAUAAUGCGUUGUAUAAAGUUUAAUAAAAAAACCAGCCAUUAACAACAUCAUCAUUACCAAUACCAAAAACAACAGAAACUACUCUCUCGGAAGUAUUCUGAUUUGCAGAAAACGAUUUCAACGUCCAACUGCGUAGCCGAGAAGCUUUUAUUUAUCUACAUAUAGUCUAAUGACUGUGAGGGCUGGCAGGCGUUUAUUAUAAUGAUUGCUUCCGUUUUUUGCUACAAUUGCUGUUGGCAGCCGUUUUUUUUUCAUAAUUGAAUUUGUGAAUUAUUGAUUUUCAGCCUCGAAAGCUGGAGAGAUGGAAAUUAAAAAGAAAAACUUUCAACACGAAAUACUCGCCAUCACUGCAAAGUAUUUUUUCAACCCACCUACCUUAUGGAUCUCUAGCAAAUAGUAAUAUGCUCACAUAUGUACAUACAUAUAUACAGAUGAGAACUCUCACAAUUUAGUAAAAAAGUGUGUUCCGAUUACAGCGAAAACGAACGAAACGAGCAUUUAAGAUGCCAUUUUUGAAACUUUCAUAAGACUUCACCGCAAACAAAUUACAUUACGUGUGGACCAUUGUUGCUCUUGACAGCGCGGACUUUGCAGUGAAGUCUGCCAAUGCUUACUUCGAUGUUUCGUGCAACAUCUGAAAAAUGGUCAAAGCGGUUUCAGCCCGAGCAACAGCAACCACGGCCGCUUUGUACGUAGCAAAACAGCAAUUGCAAUUACAGCAAGAACAACCGAACGGCAAAAAAUCUACGCAAAAUCAUCAAAAAGAACAGGAGACUUUUUUCCGCGCUGAACCCGAACAAAUUUUAAAACAACGUGGACAACAGUUUACUCUAGACGCUGAGGAGGUGGAAGAGGAGGAGGAGGAGCCGUGUGCGAAACGUAUUGCUGUUGCAUCGCUCAGCAAAAUGGUAAUACCAUCCUUGGCAGCAACAGCAACCACCAGCACAUCAUCAGCGUCCGUAUCCUCUUCUGUCGCAUCAGCAACAACGACGAACCAUGUUAAUACGUAUGCUGCCGAUCAGCAACAAAUACAACAACAAAGGCAACAACAAAAUGCUCUCUAUCACCAACAACACCCGCCCGCUAGCUUCAAUAGCCAACAGUCGGCGCCGCGGCAACAUCCGAAGAAGCGGAAAUUCGAUCCAGCCGAGCUGGACCGGCAACAGCAAACUUCACCACAACCACAGCACCACUGCGAUAGCGCAGCAGCAACGUCGUCGAUAUCCACAACAAACACAUUAUGGCAUGAUAGCAAGCCAAUUUCGACGAAUAAAAACAUUAAUGUUAAUGCCGAGAACAGUAACGGUAUCUUAACUUCGGCGAGCUUGAAGAACGGCAACGGGGCAGCCACAACAAGUGCAAUAUCAUCAGCAGCAACAGCAAAUAUUGUUGUUACAAGCUGCAAUAGCAAAGUUUCGUGGCCCGCUACAACAACAAGUGGUGCGAAUGAAGACGCGACACCGGCGGAUAUGCUCCAUACAGCGAUACGUUCGACUGUUCAACAACAACAACAACAGCAGCACUCACCAGCAACAUCGAUGAUUGUGAGUCCGGUGACAACGGCGACACAUUCCACCAUAACAUUGCCGGCAGGAGUUGUAGUUGGCGCUGGCGUCAACGGUAACAGUGGAGCUACAGUUGUAACGGCGGUUGGACGAGGCGCCGCCUCCCUAGAAAGCCCCGAGAAACGCAUCAUCAUAACAAGCACACAGCCGUCAAGUAAUUACAAGCUGCAAAAUGUGUUGAGUGUGACUCACAGCACCGGCAGUAAUCGCACUCUGACUUCUACAAGCAAUACUGCGUUGCAACAACAACAACGCCACACCUAUCAGCAGCAUUUGCAACAACCACAGGCAGUGGUUACCACGCAGCAACUGCAACAGCAGCAGCAGCCGCCGCUAGUUGCUAAUUUGGAUCUCAGCGAAUGGUCAAAUACGCGCGUAUUGGCCAAAUUAAAUAACUUCUAUGCAUCGGGUAUUAUACGACACACGACAUCGUACAACGGCAGCUGCAGUAGCGCAGAUGCCAAUGGCAGACCACCUUCAGCUGCUACACCAAAUUCAAUUACAGUCGAAUUCGAUCCGCCGGAAAAUUGCACACAACCCUAUACGGACGUUUUGGGCAAUGGGCGUUUCAAUGUGAUAUUGGACGCUAGUCCACCAUUAGCUGAUAUUAAUGUGGACACUCGAGUUUGUGUGCGCAGUCAGAUAGAAGGUCGUUCCGGUUACGUUUUUGUGGAGGGCACUGUUACGGCCAUCAAUCCAAACACAAAACAGUUCACCGUUCAAAUUCUCACGGAUUCGACACCAAUAUUCAAAACGGUUAAACGGGCAGAUUUGCGACUGCUGCUACCGCCAUGGUGGGACGAAUUGCGUGAGCUUUCACCUUUUCCACAGCAACACCACACUCAUGUUUUUGGCACUCAUAAGGCAGGCGGUGCACAUUCAGCGCAGCUCACGUCUCCACAUCAACAGCGCACUACCGGUGGCAGCGGUACUUCAGGGUCAGCGACACACAAAACCAGUGCCGGUCACCAUCAUCCACAGCUGAGUUACGUGGCUACACGUUAUGACAGCAAAGUUCCGGCACACCUUACGGUAGCGGGCUCACAACAGCUGCCCGCACACAUGACGUCAUAUAGUGCCGCACAACAGCAUCUGCAGAAGCAAGAAGAGUAUUAUCGGACGACUGCCACCUCACCCUUCCAAACUGUAGGUGGUAGUGGGCAGUCAUUGCUUGUGAACGCCCACAAUGCGGGAGCGAUUGGUAAGAUAAACGGUAACGGCAACAUUGCCACGGCGUCGCUACCUGAAAUUGUUGUUUCGCAACAGCAAUUGCAGUUGGGUGGCGGCAGCAGCAGCAGCAACAGCCAUCAGCUCUCACAAUCGCCAUCAGAUGAUCUACAGCGGCGCCAGUCACGGCAAUACGAUGAAUUCGAAUCGGAUGACGAAUUAAAGGGUGUGCAAAUAGAUGGUUACACGCUUGGCGAUGGCGACCCCGAGAAGUUAUCGGCGGGCAGUAAGCGCAGCAGUGUACAGAGCCGCGGCAGCACAUCAAGCACCCCAAGAUCUCAAGGAACCACACCGCAUCGCUUCAAUAAGGGUGAUAUUGUUCAGUCGGAAUCCGGAGUGCGCAAAAAAUACAAUGGCAAACAAUGGCGUCGCCUAUGUGGUAUGUGCUCCAAGGAAUCUCAGCGUCGUGGUUUGUGCUCGCGCCAUCUUAAUCAGAAAGGCAAUGCUUUUCGGCCUAAUGGUGCUAAUCGAUUUCCUCGUGAUAUGAAUAGCCGUUCGAGCAGUAAAACGCAAGUGGAUGAAGACACUUCGCGCGACUCAGAAACGUCACCCAACUACCGUGCGGCAGGCCGCUCUGACCAGGAGGAAACUGAUGUGGCUAACAUUUUAGUGUCACUGAGCAGUUCACGUUCGGCCACGCCAAGCUAUUCUUCGCCUGUCAACCACGGUACCUCGCCGAUGAAUGUUACCAACUCGCCCGUGCCAGUCGUCUCCAAUCGCCAAAAUUUUUUCACUCCAAUAGGCGGUGGCCCCGUUGUGACAGCGGACGCGCAAACAACUAAGUGGAAGCCAGCAGCUAGCCCCGUACAGUAUGGUACAGUGGGCUAUUCACAAGUUAUACGCCCCGAAACGGUGCGUGCGCAAGGCAACGCUACCGCCCCACCGCCACAACAGUCGCCCGUCUCUAUGGUGAUACACAAUCAGAACAGUGCUAAUUUAGCAGCUGCGCAGCUGCACGGAAGCGCUGGCAAUAUACAUCAUUCCUCUCUGCACUCAGCGCAUCACCAGGUACCGCCACCACUAUCUCCAGCACAAUCUGCUGUCAUGCAGCAGCAGCAUCAUUUGCAGCAACCGCCACUCGCGCAUAGCCAUAUAUCCCUGUCGCCAGGCGGGCCACCUCCACCGCAACCGAUCGUUAGCAGCGCUGUGAUUGCACCACCUCGGCCACCUGCUUCUGUGGUUACAAGCGUUGGUCACGCCACCACCAGCGUUAUACGGAUCUCACCUGCUGCCGCCGCCGCCGCUGCCGCAAAUAAUGGUUCCACACAUAGUAGCACCGCAGCACCGACAUUGCCGCAAUCCUUUCAUCCUGUCAUAGUCGAUCCCACGCAGUUGGUGCCUUUGCUCUCGCCGGCGAGUGGCAAUUCAUCGUUGCAGACAGGACAACCCACAUUGGUUUCGAUCAGUAGCGGUUUGGGUGUGGGUGGGAGCAAUAGUUCGCUCUUAGCCACCGCACAUCAGCAUAAUUUACAACAACAGACGGCAGCGUCACCGAUUUCAAAUGAAAAGACGAUUCCAAAAAACGGAUUUCCGCCGGGGUCGAUAUAUCAAUGGCAAACGCUGUUGCCCACCAUCAGUCAGUCCCCCGUUAAACCGACCAAUUUUACAAUAGCCGGCAUCAUACCGCCAACGGCGGAAACACCACCUCCACAACAACAGCAAACAACACAAGGAAUUAAUUUGAUAAAUCACCAUGGCGCCCACAACAAUCUCAGCAACCAUAGUAUGAGCGUUGGUCAUAAAAUGACCGCCGACUUAGACUCACCCGAAAAACCGCUGAAUUUCUCAACAAGUGAUGCGGCGGCCGCCAAGAUUAAUACUUUUAAUAAAAAUAAUGGAGCAGGCACAUCUAGUAGUAGCGGGGGCAACAGCAGCGUACCACAAGAAGAUAACGACGAUCAAUUAGAUGAUGAUGUAUUCGAACCAAUGGCACCAGCGCACCCCAAGCCGAAGCACGCACGAUUCGCCAUCAACAGCAGCAGUGAUAACUAUAGAUAUGGCAGUUCGUCAAAGAAUAAAUAUGGCAAUGAGGGUAUGGGAGAGGCGAAGACGUCAUCAGCAUCGGGUAAUAGCGGUUCGGCGGCCAAGCGACGUUCCCAAUCGCUCAGCGCAUUACAACAACAACAACAACAGCAGCAGGCAAAAUCAACUGCCGGAGGAGGAAAUUGUGCCAUUGACAAGGAACCCUCCAGUCCAGAACCAGACAAAAUCCGACGCCCUAUGAACGCCUUUAUGAUUUUCUCUAAAAAACAUCGUAAACUAGUUCACAAAAAGCAUCCGAACCAAGACAAUCGCACUGUUAGCAAAAUUCUAGGUGAAUGGUGGUACGCUUUGAAACCGGAACAGAAAGCCAAAUAUCAUGAAUUGGCCAGUUCGGUAAAGGACGCCCAUUUCAAGAUGCAUCCACAUUGGAAAUGGUGUUCGAAAGACCGUCGUAAGUCCUCUAGUUCUGGCAAGGGGGAAACUUGUGGAGGGCCUUUGGACAGUAGUGACGGCAUCGACUUGCCAAUACAUAGUCCCGGUUCAGCAAGUGCUUCAAGCAACACCGCCAUCGAUUCUCAAACCGAUAUCAUACCACUUACAAUUGAGGAAACUCUGGGUCAAGUGAAAGAAGAAAAGACAAGUAUUAAAGCAGAGUUGGUGCAGCCAAACGAAACCCAACAGUCCGACGAUGAACACAUGCUGGUGGUAGAUGAAGCCACAAACAGUAAGCUGAGCAGCAAUAACUGCAAUUUAGGAUCUCAACAGCAGGAAUCUGCAUUGAAGCAAAUAGAUUUAAAGUGUCGUGAACGCGUUACCGAUUCCGAUGUUGAAGAUACUGCCUAUGAUUACAGAAAAACCGUAACAAAUGCAGUGAAGAGUGUACACAGUGAAAAUUCAGCUGAAAACGAGAAGGUUAAUAAUGACUCUACAAAAUUAAUAUUGCUCUCAAUGUCGAAGGAAGCUAGCAUAAAAAAUGAAAGCCAAAAUAAAUCGGAGGAAAUAUUAGCGCUCAGCACUUCUGGCAAUAACGCGCUUAACGUCAACACUGAGCGAGAUAUUACAUUGAAACCGAAACCCAUCAAGCCAUAUGCUUCCAGCAUUGAAAGUAACAUUCUUAGUCCACAGCAGCUGCCGAAGUAUUCAUACAACAGUCCGAAGAACCCAAUCGGUGUAACACCAUUCCAACCAACAGGCGGUGCGUUCAAAACCAUGCCCAUAAGCCCGAAAAGCACAAAGAUAGACGAACAGCAGCUGCAACCACUGCAUAUAAAGCAGGAGGAUAUCAAGCAAGAGUUACCUUCGCCAUACAAAAUGAAUGGCGGCGGUGCAAAUGUAAAUAGCGUAUUCACUUUCAAUGUACCAAUGGGCGCAGCAGGGGGUAUGAAUCAAAAGACCCAACAGACAACAGGACACCCAUUACGCAGUCCUAAUACUAUGGAGGGUAGUAAAGAUGUGUUUAAUAAAAACCCAACAGCUACCCGCUCCACCAUUCUGUGCGACUCGAUGGUAAUGGAGGCGGUGAAAGACGUGCAGAUAAACGAGACCGAUGCGGAGACAUCAGCUGUUGAUGCAACUUCCAACAUUAAAACACCAGCGAUCACAAUUCAACAACCACCGACGAUGCUGGUGAUAACUGAUGCACAGCGUUAUGCCAGCAGUUCCACUGCUCAGUUAUUGCCGCAUAAAUUGAAGAAGUUGUCAGACGCUGGCAAUGGGCCAGCCACAUACACCUACGUAUUGGCCACUAAUAGCAACGCCGGCCCCAACAAAGCCAGUGGAACUGUCAAUCCAAACGCGUUAAAUAUUAAUUCGACCCCCUCCACACCUAUUACAGUCAAACAUUCGAAUAGUGUUGCGACCACUUUGCGUCCAUUGUCGCUGAUCAGCGUGAAUUCUUGCAACAAGAUUACGCUUCCGGCGAACGCACGCAUACUCGCCGCAACCUCAUGCUCUUCGAAUAGCAACCAUAGCGGCAAUAUUGUCGCAAUGAGCAACGGCAGUGUAGGAAUUGGUGGUGGUGGCAAUGCACCGCCAAUUGGUAGCACGCUAACGCUAUUGAGUACGGCAUCAUCACUCACGGCAACCGCUACACGUUUGGGCUGUGGCAGCGGUAGUGGCAGCAAUAUCAAGAACAAUAAUAACAGUAUCAUUACAAUUACUAAUGCGACUAACAGCAGCAGCAGCAGCAAUAACAACAACAAUCUCAAUAACAUAUUCACUUUCAGCAGCAACGACACAAUAGCAACAACUAGCGGGACCGCCGCCUUCAAUGCUGACGUCAAAAGUGGCAGUGGCGGCAUCGAAGGCAACGGCGGUGGUAGCACUUCGAUUUUAAUGUUCAACUCAAAUAUUGCAACUGUUGUUAAUUCCACAGCCAACGCAGCUGCAUCAUCGGUGCCUUCGUCACCUGCAUCGGCUAGCAUAGCCAACAGCUCGACCGCGGGCUCCUGUUUUACCAGCACUCCAGUCAUGACGCCAACACAAAUACUCGCAACAACGGCUGGUGGUAAUGGCGGAAUCGCAAGCGGCCAGAAGCAAAUACUUUUCACAGUUAACAAUAUGUUAAAUCAGGUCGCUCUUCUACCAAUGCCACAACUAACAGAAUCAGCAGGCAGUAUCGCCGGCGCCGGCAAUGUUUCUUGUGGGCCAAUUAAGCCAACUCCAAUCUCGUACCCCAAUUACAAGAAGAAUAAUGGCCAAACGACUUACGGUGUGAAUACAAAUAUAAGUGGCGGUAGUGCGUUAUCAAAUACCAACAACAACAACGCUAUUUUACUGCACAAUUAUACUGAAUCUACACCAAAAUCACCGUCUUGCAAAUCUUUACCUACCACUCCGAAAUCGGCGUGCUUGUCUUCAACUUUCGCAAUGAAUCCACCGGACUCGGCUGGUAAACGCAGCACAGAUAGCAGCUCCACUUCAGCUUUGGACGCCGAGGAUGAGCAGAAUGACAUUGGUGGCAGACAGCAAUUCAUUUUAGCACCAACGCCUGCGCAACUGGGACGUGCGAAAUUCCCGCGACGUAAAAAUUUUUCUUCAAACAACACAGCUAGCGAUAAUAGCAAUAAUAACACAUUUGCUACAACUGUUCUGAUGGGGUGCAACUCUAUGAAGAAUUUGAAUUCGCCUAUUAUGGUGGACUCAUCAUCGCCGAUUAUUGGUAAUGUGAACACGGUUGUCAGUUCGAUGACAUCAGCGCUGCCCACACCCACCUCGUCAACGAACACGCCCAACAGCGAUGAACAAAUGCCAACUACACCAUCGGCGGUUAAUAGCAAUAGCAGUGUCGGUAGCGUGAGUGAUUUAAGCGGUAUGUUGAACCCCAAGUCGCCGUUAAAAUCAGCAUCAGCGACCAAAAAGAAAAACGAUGACAUGGAUAACGUCCUAAAACAAGUUGAUUUCGAGAAGAAAUAUCAGGCAUUGCCACAGUUCAAACCCGAGGAUUGCCUAUCUCCCAGCGCCAUCGCAGUGCCAUCAUCGCCACGCGUCUACGGCACUAAUUAUCGAAAGAAGAAUCCACCACAGCCAAUUGUGCCACCAAAAAAGCUCGUGUGCGAGGAUGAAUCAGCCAUUGAGACAGCAUCCUUGCCAUCAACGCCGUCACAGCGUUUCUUUGGGCCCGAUUUCAACAUUGAACAGCUAAAUUUGGAAAACUCCGAUGAGACAGACCGUUCGCCGCGUACUCCACAAACCCCUUUACAAAGUGCACGAUCCGAUGCGAGCGAGAAGGGUCAUCGUAAAGUAUUGGAAAUACGUCGCAAGUUUGUUUAUCAACUUUUCAACGAACACGGCAUGUUUCCAUCAACUCAAGCUACAAUGGCUUUUCAGAAAAAGCACAUCGAUGUAUUUCCGCGAAAACAAGAUCUCCAAUUGAAAAUACGCGAAGUGCGUCAAAAGUGCAUGAGUCAGGCCGGAUUCACACCACACUCGGCCGGUCCUAUGACGCCAUCUGCUGAAACCAGCCUGUGCACAACUUCGGCAACAAUAACAACAAACACAACUAUAGCAACAACAUCGCUGCACCAGAACUAUGGCAGCGGAGAAAAUUAUGCGCAAUCACAAUCAAAUGACGAAUAAUUAAGUGAAGCUUCCCCGAAUACGCAGCUCGUGUAAAGAGCUGAUAGUAUUAAAACACAAUAGCAACUAUUGUUCAUAUUUCUUAGAGAGAGAGAGAGAGAGAGAGAGAGAGAGUUAAGGGGAGAGUUCAGUACAAUCAAAUUCAAAUUCAUUGUGCCAUGGCAAAAUGUAAUUAUGCAAUUUAUGCAUAUAACCAUAUAAUGCCAUCAAGAGCUGUAAGUAAUAUUUGCAACCGCAAAGAGGGAAAUUUUUAAUGCCAACCUAAAAAAAUUUUUAAACAUAUACAUGCCGAUACAAAGGAAAGCAAUUCCCUUUGAUAUACCAGAUGAACUGCGUCAACAGUGUAAAAGUUCUGUGACAAUGAUAGUGUAUUAUGGUUCGAAAACGAUUUGAUUGCCUCUUUUCGAAUGUUUUCAAAUUUAUGUUAUAGUUGGAGAAUUCACAGAAGACAUAAAUUGAUAAAUGAUAGCAAACCGAUUAAUAUAAGCAAUAAGCUACUGCAAUAUGACACGCGACCUGGCAACAACACGUUUCCACAAACCAACAACGCUAGUAAAGAAUUUCCAGCAUUAAUUGAUAAACGCAUACGCCAUGCCUAGAAAACUGAAAUGAAAUGGAUUCGAAAAUCGAUUUUAUUAAUAUAAUCACAAAUAUAGACACAAAAUGAACAGCACAGUAAAGAAACACACAGUAAAGUGAUUUAGCACACAUAUAAUGCUAAAACUUUAAAACAUAUAUAACUAAUCCCAAUUAAUUAAAGCUUAAAUAGUUUUUAAUUUUAAAACGCAUCAAUAAACAAUACUGCAAAGCAUACAGGAUAGAAAUCAACCUUUAUUCAAGCAUAUAAUCAAUGUAAUGAAUUCAAAUAAGUGAAUAAUGAAUUAACCGAUUGUAUUAGUACACUCAAACAAACAAAGAAAAACAAAAAACAAAAUAAAAUAAAAUAAAGAAGUACAGAAAAUAAAUAAUUAAUUAUUAACUAAGUAGCCUUUGCAGGUUAGUGGGUGAAGUGAACUCAAAGUUUAAAUUAAAUUACAUUAAAUUAAUUAUAGAUGAAGCUUAAAUAUGUCUUAAACAUAAUGUUAACACAUUUAAUAAAUUGCUACAAACGGCACACGGUGAAAAUUAUACAAACAUGGCAAACAUGCUUGCACGCAGAGAUAUAAUAACGAAGUAACCCAUUCAAGACACCAAUAUUAUUAUUUUGUUCAACAUUUUAAAACAGCACAUAUGUAAGCAAACAAGUAAAUGCAUGCAAAUUUUUGAUUAA